AUGGCCCCCGCAAACAAGAUCGCGGAGCUUUUCAACGUCGACGGCCUGGUUGCCGUUAUCACAGGCGGAGGCAGCGGGUUGGGGCUCUACGCUGCGCGGGCCCUCGACGCCAACGGUGCCAAAGCCGUGUACAUCGUGGGGCGCCGCGAGCAGACGCUGCAGGACGCGGCCAAGACGGGGGUCAACGGCACCAUCAUACCGGUGGUGGGCGACGUGACAGACAAGGAGUCUCUUCGUAGCGUGGCCGAGAGGGUCCGGAAGGAGCAAGGCUACGUCAACUUGCUCUUUGCCAACGCUGGGGUCUCGGGCGGCGACCACACCUCGCUGGUCACCAAGGAAGACGGCAGCCCACGGUCCAUCCAGGAGGUGCAGGAAAACUUCUUCAACAUUGACGUCGAGUCCUUCAGCAAGGCCUUGCACAUCAACAAUACGGCUGUCUUUUAUACGGCCGUUGCAUUCCUUGACCUGCUUGAUGCGGGUAACAAGAAGCGCAACGUCCCACAGGACUCGCAGAUCCUCGUCACCGGGUCCGUGGCCGGCGUGAGUAGGCACAUGGCCUCGAGCUUCUCUUACUCUACGUCCAAGGCUGCGGUUCACCAUAUGGUCAAGAUGCUAUCGACCUUUCUGUCCGUGUCAGGCUUUCAUAUUCGGGCGAACCUUAUCGCACCAGGUCUUUACCCUAGCGAGAUGACCGCAAGGGGGACGAGCAAGAUGGCAAAGUUCGAAGGCGUACCGGGAUAUGAUGGCGUUUUUGAGGGAGCGUACACGAUGGCAAAAGACAGGUCUCCAGCAGAGAGGACGGGCAGUGAGGAGGACUUUGCUGGCACUAUCCUAUUUGUGGCCAGUAAAGCGGGGGCGUACCUCAAUGGAGAGAUACUGCUGACUGACGGUGGCAGGAUAAGUCAACUUCCGGCGACGUAUUAG